CUGAAAUGCAUGGGAGUUGGAUAGUCCCGGAUAAGGCCCACUAGGGAGGGAGGAGGACUGGAGGGUUGACAUCUCCCGAGAAGUCAAGAACAUCUCCCGAGAUACCACCGCACCGUGUCAUUGUAGAAGAAAGCCUCCCAGAACUUCAAUGGCAGGUGGACAAUCAGAGAGGGAAGACAAGGUUUCACUGGAACUUACAGAAGAGAUUCUACAGAGCAUGGAAGUCGGCAUUACCUUUCGCGAUUAUAACGGAAGAAUCAGUUCAAUGGAUUUUCAUAAGACCUCACCUUACCUGGUGACUGCCAGUGAUGAUGAAUCCAUUCGUUUGUAUGAUGUCACAACAGCAACGUGUUUAAAGACAAUUAAUAGCAAAAAGUAUGGUGUUGAACUGGUUAGUUUUACUUCCCAUCCAACAACUGUGAUAUAUUCUUCCAAGAAUGGGUGGGAUGAAUCUCUGCGGCUUCUCUCAUUGCACGAUAACAAGUAUUUGCGAUAUUUCAAGGGCCAUCACGACAGGGUUGUCUCGCUUAGCAUGUGCUCCAGAAAGGAAUGCUUUAUUUCUGGCUCUCUUGACCGAACUGUUAUGCUUUGGGACCAACGAGCCGAAAAAUGCCAGGGACUUCUCCGCGCCCAAGGAAGACCAGCGACUGCUUAUGAUGAGCAAGGGCUUGUUUUUGCUAUUGCUUUUGGAGGAUACAUAAGAAUGUUUGAUACGCGAAAGUAUGAAAAGGGACCGUUUGAAAUAUUUUCGGUCGGUGGAGAUUUAUCAGAUGCUAACGUUGUGAAGUUCAGUAGUGAUGGAAGACUUAUGCUUUUGACUACUUCAGAUGGAAAAAUUCAUGUCCUCGAUUCAUUCCGGGGAACUCUAUUGUCAACAUAUAAUGUGAGGCCUGUUUUGUCCAACUCAACUUUGGAGGCAUCUUUUAGUCCUGAAGGAAUGUUUGUAAUGUCAGGUUCAGGGGAUGGGAGUGUAUAUGCUUGGAGUGUCCGGAGUGGCAAAGAAGUAGCGUGUUGGAUGAGCACAGAUGCAGAACCGCCAUGUAUAAAAUGGGCUCCAGGAACCUUGAUGUAUGCUACUGGUUCUUCUGAACUCUCAUUUUGGGUUCCUGACUUGUCGAAAUUGUCAGCUUAUGUGGGAAGGAAAUAAAUGGGAGGAGCACUUAAGAUGUAUGCUACUGGUUCUUCUGAACUCUCAUUUUGGGUUGGGGAUUUGUCUAAAUUGUCAGCUUAUGUGGGAAGGAAAUAAAUGCGAGGAGCACUUAAGGUCAGUUUGGACGAGACUUUCUAGAUUCAUAUCGCAUAUCCCUGGUUGAUUAUAUAUUGAUUGUAUUCUAGAUUUUAGAAUAAUAUUUAUACAAAACAUGUAUAUAUACUAUUGUAAUCAUUUACUUAGGGUGAAUACCCACCCUCUGGUGUACUAACAUGUGGUUGUAAAUAUGUAGCAUGUAUAAUUAAAUGCGUAAUCUCUCAUUGACAAUUAUAAUAGUAAUAGUAGAGUUUUUUCCCAGAAUAAUGCUAAUUAAAUAAAAAAUUCCC